ACUAGAGUGCUUCCUGUAGCGACGUGAGUCACGGUGGAAAAGCGAAGAAACACACGGUGCCGACAGCUUUUAUCCUCCCUCCGCCUCCUAGUGGCGGGGUGGUGCAUUCAAGGACCCGACGACCAAUGGGAAAACUGCCAUCUGGUCACAGGUGUGAAGCAGUUCUUUGUCUCACCACCAGUCUGCCUUGCCGUCCUCGUGUUGGAUGCACUUUCUCCAUUCUCCGGCUUUUUAGGAGUUUCGUGAAACUGGCUUUGGAAUUCACAUGUAGGCCAAGAUCCUUUGUCCUGCCUCCCCUGUGUCUCUGCAGUCAACUCAAUCUGAGCCAAAUCACUGUUUAACCAGCUUCUUGGUCCCCAACAACAUUAAUGCCUCAUUAAAUUCCAACCAGGAACCAGAAACACUCAAAGAAGGGAGGAGAGUAGAGGGGGGGUGUGAUGUGUUUGGAGGAGGGACUCCAUCAUUUAGAGAAGUGAACAGUUCCUGGUUUACCAGUGAAGAAGAAAGAGAGGCAGCGUUAAACCAUCAGAUCCUCCAACAUGAACGUCUGUCAGUCUCUGAUCUGCUUCUUCUUCCUCACACUGCAGGAUGGAAACAUUGGUCUCAUCAAUGCAGAAAUCUUCGAGAGUACAGGAACUGAAGGAGGAGACAUCACAGUUGGAUGCUCCUUCACUUUCUCUGGAAAGAGGAGUAUCUUCUGUAAGGACGAAUGUAAAGAUGGAGACAUUCUCAUUGAGACAAAACAGUACACAGCUCAGAGAGGCAGAUACAGCAUAGAAUAUAAAAAGAUUUCAUUCUCUGAGAUAAUACUGUAUGUGAGCAUCAGAAACCUGACUCCGUCUGACUCAGGACGGUACAGAUGUGGUUUGGUCAGAUAUUUCUCAUCCUCACCAUCAUACCAGGAGAUUGAGAUCCGAGUUACAGAUGCUCCAACCUCUCCUCUCAGACCCUCUUCACCAUCACUCCCAUCAGCCUCCACACUGAUGACAUCACAGAGUUUAAGCUCCACACCUUCAUCAGCCUCCACACUGAUGACAUCACAGAGAUUAAGCUCCACACCUUCAUCAGCCUCCCCUGAAGCCAGAGAGCAGACUCCACAGAAACAAACAAGAGCUCUGCUGUAUGCUGGUCUUACUCUGGUCCUCUUCUUCAUCAUGUUAUCAGUAGCUUUGCUGAUUUUCUGCAGGAUGAGGGCCAGGAAACCCAAAGAACUUCCUCUGGAAACUGAGUACUCUAAUGUCACAAAGGCCAACCGAGUGUAUGAGGAGAUCAGAGAGGACAGACAGAGCACAUCUCCUCCUGUAGAAGUGUCUACAGUUUACACUUACGCCAAAAACACCAAACCAGAUGGAGCGGAAACCACAGAGGAGUACAGCUUAGUCACUGCACCCACUUCUCAGAAGAAAACUGAAGACGACUGGAGUGACGUCACCUACUCUGAGCUGGAUCUUCCCAACGGUACAGCUGCCUCGCUGCACAGCGCCCCCUGUGGUGACGCAGAUAACGUGGUCUACUCUGUUCCUCGGGUAGAAGCCAGCUCGGCCGGCAGCCACGCCCAAGACGCUUCCCCUCCUCUGUACUCUACUGUUACUUUACAUCAGCUGUAGCUUCAACGCUGUCAGCGCCACAUUUACUCUCUCAGGAGCCAACAGGGGACACAAAGUGCUUAGAAUGAGUCACAUUCACUCAAAGAAAUCUGUGUUUAUCGUUUUUUGGGGAAACUAUGUCAGUUACAGCUCACAUUAUAUUUUUUGAAGAUGAAAUGUUUUUAUUAGCUCUAUGUGUUUAUUGCUUUUGCACAAAUAUAUGUUCUUAUAGCAGUUUAUAUAUUAUAUUAUUAUAUACUGUAUUUAUUCUAUACUUUUCAAACUAUACCAAACUACCUCCUCUAAAAAUCUAGGCUGUGACGGGAUACUUUGACCAAUCUCAGGUGAUUUCAGAGAGAGAGAGAGAGAGAGAGAGAGUUCCUAUUGGCUGUUCUGUUAAAUGCAUUGCCCGGGCGACAGAGACGGGAGAGAGAGCUGCAGGAAGAGGUCUCACUCUACUUCAAAUUCUGGCAUUUU